AAAAGGAAUACCGAUUCCGAUAUCAGUGCUUGGCUUCACUAAUGCUCUUGUUACUGAAUGAUCAAAUCCCCACAGCCACACUCCAAACUCUAGUGGAAAGCCUUCCCACGAAGAGUGGAGGUUAUUAUAACAGCAAAUGGGGGGCUAAAUUUGGAAUGGGAUGUUUAUGAGUGCGAUGGUCAGGUGUCCAAAAACAUGUGGCCAUACAGUGUAACAUAAUCAGGAGUCUAAUCCUUUUGUCAAAAUGCCCACAUGAAGUGUGUAUUUCGCUUUUGAUGAGCGCCUUCUAGCGGUUUAGUUGUUUGGUUUAAGUGCGCGUGCACGAGGCGCGGCGCUGUUUGUCAGUGUGUGAGCUUCUUGCCCAUUUUAGUCGAUGGCUGUCAGCAGGCUGGAAUGCGCGACUCGCACUGUGCAGCCCCCUGCUCUCCUGCACUAACACACUCACUCACCUAACUCACUCAUACAGCGCCUUCUGUCCUAUUUCAACCACCAGAGAAUUAUUAAUAUACUUUCUUUCAACUGAGUGCGAAGACGCUUAUUGCAGUUCAGAAUGUCCGUCAUGCCAGAUUUAGCCAGUUAUGGUAACUCGGAGAUGGCAGAAAAUGUUACAUCCUGUCAGGAGUGGGAGAAAGCUCAUCAUCUACUAUUCCAUCUGGGCAACCUGAGUUUAGUUGUGGGCCUGCUCAUUCCCACCACUGUGGGCCUGCACAUGAUCCUCCUCAGACCUCUACUGAUGACAGGUUGCUGCUUGUUUAUAACCUGGGCUGCUCUGUACAGGUGCACACUAGAUGUGAUGGUUUGGAAUGCCGUCUUUCUCCUAGUCAACUUCAUGCAUUUAUUCUACUUGUUGUACAAACGCAGACCUAUUAAGAUCGACCGGGAGCUGAGAUCAGUGUAUAAGCGGAUGUUUGAACCCUUGCAUGUACGUGAAGCUUUGUUCCAGAGGCUGACUGGCCAGUUCUGCACCAUCCAGACUCUUAAGAAAGGCCAGGUGUAUGCUGCUGAGGAUAAGACCUCAGUGGAUGAGCGCCUCAGCAUUCUCCUCAAGGGGAAAAUGAAGGUGUCGUAUCGUGGGCAUUUUCUUCACAACAUUUACACCAAUGCCUUUAUUGACUCUCCUGAGUUCAGAUCAACACAGCUGAACAGGGGAGAAAAGUUCCAGGUGACAAUCACAGCUGAGGAAAAUUGCAAAUACCUGUGCUGGUCUAGAGAAAGGCUGACUUAUUUUCUGGAGUCUGACUCAUUUCUGAAUGAGGUGUUCAGGUACCUUAUCGGCAAGGACAUUACUAACAAGCUGUACUCCCUGAAUGACCCCACUCUUAGUGACAAGGCAGUAAAGAAGAUGGAGAGGCAGCCAAGUUUGUGCUCCCAGCUCUCUAUGAUGCAGAUGAGAAACAGCAUGGCCAGCACCAGUGACACAGAUGAUGUGCUUAAUCAGAUUCUGAGAGGCGGAUCAGGUGGUUCAUCAAUCCAAAAAAAUCCACUUGGCAAGGCCACCACAACUAUGAAACCAAUUGAAGAAGCCAUGGAAGAUGAUGUUUUUGAAGCAUCAGCUAAUGACUCCCAAAACAACCCAGAAGAGGUGUAGGAUGAUAUAGCAGCAACCUCUUUAACCUGGCCAGGGUCGCAGUGGAUACAUACACCGGACACAAUGUGGGAAUCCACCCUGGAUGGGACAGCAGUCCAUCACACGCUAACAUGCACACAAACAGAUUCAAACACAUUUACAAUUAGGAGCAAUUUUGCAUAGGGAGGAAAACCAGAGAACUCCAGAGAGAAGAAAUCCAUGGAGACACAGGGAGACCAUGCAAAACUCCACACAGACAGUAAACCAAGCUCAGGAUUGAGCUGAGAUCCACUGAGCUUUAAUGCAGCAACAAUACCAACAGUACUACCAUGUCUUCCUCAAGAUAAUAUUUUUUGCUUAAUAAUAAAUGUAUCCUGUAUAGCCUAGAAGUAUAUACGUGUCCUGUAAGUCACAGGUUCAC